AUGUCAGUGUUCUUUUCCAAUACACGAAAUUAUUCUUUCAUCUCUCGGAUCUGUACCGUGACAUGGCAUCAGAGCCUGGUUUCGAUCCAGGGGACCUGUGGGUUAUGGGCCCACCACGCUUCCGCUGCGCUCCCAACGCAAGAAACCGGCUUGCUUGGUGCUAAGCCUUCAUCUUUUCCGCUCGACCAGAACCACCGACUAGCCAUCUCGAAGAGUGAUGUGCUGCCCGAUCCUGAACCCUAUCGACGACUCAUCGGACGCUUGUUGUACUUGCUUGCGACUCGGCCUGAUAUAACAUAUGCUGUCCAUACUUUAUCUCAGUUUAUGCAGGAGCCUCGGGUCGAUCAUUGGGACGCUGCACUACGGGUGGUUCGAUAUUUGAAGCGCAAUCCCGGACAAGGGAUUCUAUUACGUGCCGACUCUGAUCUCCGCCUUUAUGGUUGGUGUGAUUCCGAUUGGGCAGGUUGUCCCAAGACUCGCAAAUCUUUGUCAGGUUGGAUUAUUCAGCUCGGUACUUCACCGAUAUCUUGGAAGUCAAAGAAACAAAACACGAUCUCUCUUUCCUCCGCUGAAGCUGAAUAUCGAGCGAUGGCGGUUACUACGUGUGAAUUGCUCUGGCUAAAGGGUCUUCUGCACUCUCUUGGUGUCACUCAUUCUGAACCGAUGCUUCUUCAUUGUGAUAGCCAAGCGGCUCUCCAUAUAGCUGCCAACGAUGUUUUCCAUGAUCGCACGAAGCAUAUCGAAGUCGCUUGUCAUUUUUUUCGCCAUCAUAUCUCUUCUCAUGCCAUUGUUACUCGCCAUGUCUCAACAUUACAACAACUUGCAGAUAUAUUCACGAAGGCCCUCGGCAAGAAGGAAUUCGACGUUUUUUUAGCCAAGUUGGGCAUCCAUAAUCUGUAUGCUCCGACUUGA